AUGGGAAAUAACUCAUCUUCAAAAAGAAAGUCAAUAGGAAUCAACAAUUACAUGGAACUGUUCUCCACAAAAGAUUCCUCACAACCCAUGGAUGAACGAAUGCAGUUGGGAAACUAUAUAAUGCGAGAGUUAUGGAAUGGAAGCUUCUCUUCACCGAUUAAGGAUCUAUUGACCAACGGUGGUGCCAAAGUUCUAGAUGUCGGAUGCGGAACUGGUACAUGGAUGUUUGAAGUCGCUGCCGAUUAUCAGAAAUCCAGAUAUAUAGGUGUGGACAUGGUGCAGCUAUUCCCGACCGGUGCAAUUCCAUUUAACGUAAAGUUCAUAAAAGAAAAUCUCUUGGAUGGAUUACCGUUUGAGGAUGAGUCGUUUGACUUCGUGCAUGCACAAUAUCUUAUAUUUGAUAUUAAAGAAGUUGAGUGGGAAGAAUUUGUGUAUAAGGAGCUGAUUAGAGUGUUAAAACCUGGUGGGUGGUUGGAAAUCUCUGAUCCAGAAUUCAGAAUUUCCAAGGCGGGAAAAACUACCCAAAAAUUUCUGAAGACUGAACUGAUGACCCGUAAUCCAGAACUCAAAUUGGUGCAGCAUCAAGUACGUGAAUACCCUCUGAAUAGAUGGGACGGAAGACUUGGCGAAAUUGGAAGAUCAUUUAUGAUGGAAACAUGUCGGAAUUUGAUGUAUAAUAUUUACGCAGAUAUGAAAAUCAAAAAAAGAAAAGUUGAUGAAACGGUGGAGGCGAUGGUGGAAGAAUGGAAAGUCGUUCUCAUGGAAAAUCAAAUUGUCUCACCGCAAAUUGACGAAAAAUCAAGAUCCAACGAGAAUUCGAAAUGUAUCAUAAUAGAAAAAAGGAGUCCACCUGCGUCAUCGCAAAAAAAUAGCCGUGAAAUAUUGCAAAAUCCUUGUUCGACGUUUUUCGUCAUUUCGUCAAGGGAAAAAGGAUUAUCGGCUGAUCACGAGGAAGACGAUCCCAGGAAUUGGUCAACCAAGAAAAAGAACUUCAUACUUUUCAUAAUUGCCACCGCGGGCAUACUCGCUCCCAUAUCGAGCACGAUAUUCUUCCCGGCAAUUACCGUGGUUCGUAACGAUCUGCGUACAACUGAAGUUCUCGCUAACGGACUAGUCGCCAUAUUUAUCCUGUUCACCGGAAUUGCGCCACUCGCCUGGGCUUCGUAUUCGGACACUCGCGCUACGAGGCGUAAAGUUUACUUGGCUUCUAUCAUGCUAUUUCUAGUUGCUAGUAUUAUAUGUGCUUUUGCGAAUAAUAUUUGGAUGCUGAUGGUAAUGCGUGCUUUUCAGGCAUGCGGUUCUUCGGCCGUUCAAAGUAUUGGUGCCGGAAGCAUAAGCGAUGUGUUUAACCCUCAUGGUGAAUUAAUUGUUCACGAGCAUGGUCGCGCCUACGGAAUAUUCUAUGUCGGACCCUUGAUUGGUCCCCUAAUCGGACCGAUCAUCGGGGGUUUCCUGACCGACUACCUCGGGUGGCGUUGGAUAUUUUGGUUCCUGACAAUAUUUGGCGGAAUUCUGUUUCUGUUCAUCUUCUUCGCUCUCCCGGAAACUUUUCGUGACCGAUCGGCAUCAUCGCUUCGAAGGCGUUUCAAUCCGUUCCUCCCGCUUUCUUUACUCCGCUAUCCCAAUGUCAUGUUAUCCCUGGUCUACGUAAGUUCGAUAUUCGCGAUUGUCUACACUCAAAAUACUUUAUUGUCAAGGAAUUUUACGCAAUUGUACAAUCUCAAAACAUCCGACGUCGGACUGGUGUUCCUGGGUCCAGGUACGGGAUACAUGAUUGGAAGUGUGAUAGGAGGAAGGUAUUCGGAUUUCAUGCUUAAAAGAGCUGGUGAACGUAACGACGGAAUCGGUCAUCCUGAAAUGCGAUUAAGCAGUACUUGGGUUGCGAUGGUAUUGAUUCCGGUAUCUUACAUUGCUUACGGAUGGGUGGUCGCUUAUAGGCUUAAUAUUGCCUUGCCCCUGAUCGCAAUGUUUCUUGGUGAGUUGUUACAGAAUAGGGGAUUCGGUUGCCUAACCGUAUUCAAUUCAGUCUCGACAUACCUGGUUGAUGCGUUUCCCGGUCGCAGUGCCUCGGCCAUCGCCUUGAACAACUUUGUGAGAUCGGUUGCCGCAGCGGGCAUGUCAGCAGCCGCCGCACCUUUGCAAAAUGCUCUCGGUGUUGGGUGGCUGUACACUAUGAUGGUGGGGCUUACCAUCUUGGGAAGUGGAUGUUUGGUGUUGGUAUUCGUUAAGGGGAAGAGAUGGAGAGAGGAACUGGAAAGUAGGGAUACAUGA